AUGAAGAAAUUGUCCAAACGCCGGCAUGAUCAAAAUCUGACAAAGACUAGAUUUGAACAUUUCUCAACGGAGAUAUUCUUCGAGAUUUUCGAUUAUCUAACAGGUAAUGAAAUCUACAAAUCUUUCUUUGGCCUUAAUCGUCGAUUCAACGAACUGAUUUGCAACACAGCGAAUAUACAUUUGAAUUUAUCGCGCACAACGACAAAAUUUCAUCGUAAGAUUGAUCGAAUAUUCCCUAAAAAAAAUAUUGCUUCAAUCAGUAUCUUAUAUAAAAAUGCUCAAUUACUUAAAACUCUAUUCAAUCCGAUUGAUGGAUGCCGCUUAAGAUCAUUUUCUAUUCUAAACGUUCCUCUUUGUGGAUUUGAAAUGUCGAUACCAGAAACGUUGAAUACUUUCAAAUACCAAUUAAAUCGUCUCGAAAUUGACUUCAGUGAUAUGUGUUACACUGGAACGGGUGCACGUGCAGCUCAAUCAUUCGCAUAUUUAUUAACAGAAUUACCAGUGUUAAAAAAUUUGGCCCUAAACUAUCGUGAAGGGAUCGAUCCAAUCACUUACAUGUCGUCAGCUGUGAUCAACAACACCAUUACUAAUUUAACGUUGACAUUAUAUGAUGCCAAUCGUUUAGCACCAUUGUUGUAUCGAUUUGAACAAUUAAUUAUCCUGAACAUACACUUUCCUAAAAAUAUACUUAAGAGGGGAUUGAUGCGACGGGAAGCUACCGAAUAUUAUCGAAAUAGCUUAUCAGAGAAAACAUCAACUGGAUAUCCGAUGAAAAUUCGUCAUAUUAAUAUCUAUAAUUGUUUUAUGCUACUGGAUAGAGUAGAUCAAUUAUUCAAAUUUAUUAGUUCACCGAGUUUAGUAACUGUGAAUUUAUUCAAUUGUAAGCUUCCUGUUGCUAGAAGUCCAAUGCGCCGACAAGAGCUUCCAUUUAUCGACGGUACACAUUGGCAUGAUUUAUUAGCAAAAUAUUUCUCAUCAUCCGUAAAAUUAAAAUUAUUACAUAUUGAAUAUCCGUAUGUCGGUGCGACAAUGUCAGUAACCAGUCUUGCACAUGUAAACGAAAAAUUAAUGAAUUACAAUCGUUUAGCGUCAUCAUGGAGCAUACAUUGUUCAUAUAAUCAAGAGAAAAAUCUCUUAGUCUUUGGUUUUCUAUCAGCAUAG